AUGGCGCUGCGGCCGGGGCCGGGAGCUGGCGGCGGCGCUAGAGCCGCGGGAGGGGGCGGAGUAGCGGGGGCGGCCGGAGCCGGCAGCGCUGGGGCCGCCGGCUUCAUGUUUCCUGUAGCAGGUGGUAUCGGCCCACCGCAAGGUAUGAUUCCUAUUCAACAGCAAGGGUUUCCAAUGGUAUCUGUCAUGCAAUCUAAUAUGCCAGGCAUGAUGGGAAUGAAUUACGGCUCUCAGAUGUCUCCUGGACCGAUGACCAUGCAGGGUGGCAUGCCCCUUGGGGCUAUGCAAGCAACUGGAAUGUCUUUUAUGGGACAGGCUUCUUUCUUAGGAAUGCGCCCGGCAGCGCCACAAUACACCCCCGACAUGCAGAAACAAUUUGCAGAAGAGCAACAAAAAAGGUUUGAACACCAGCAAAAAUUCUUAGAAGAAGAGAGAAAACGACGCCAAUUUGAAGAGCAGAAACAAAAGCUGAGACUCCUAAGCAGUGUGAAACCAAAGACAGGUGAGAAGAGCAGAGAUGAUGCUUUGGAAGCUAUUAAAGGAAACUUAGAUGGGUUUUCAAGAGAUGCUAAAAUGCACCCCACUCCAGCAUUGCAUCCAAAAAAACCAGAUCACCCUACACCAUCACAUUCUACUGUAUCUGUCUCCCAAUCCUCUGCUUUUCUUGAUGAUGAAGAAUUUAGUGACUUUAUACAAGGGUCUGUUGAAACCCCACCAUUGGUGCCUCAGUCCUCUUUCCAGGCUUUUCAGUCUUACCACCCUACCACCCAGGCUCGGCAACUGCUUUCAGAAAAGGCUGUAGUCAAAUCUCUGCCUUCAGUCCAGAUUCCAGUAUCUUCCAUCCUACAUGAUACCAUUGGGCAGGUUCCUUAUUUCUCUACCUCUGCAUCUUCGCACAAAACCCAUAAAACAGGCCAUUCCUUGGAGGAGUCGCUCUUAAUUUAUCAUUUAAGUGCAUCUGGACAGGAGCAAACCAAACUUAAAACAUCUGAAAUUGAGCAUAAAGCCUCAGCCGCAAGCCAAGUUCAUCCCAGUGUAACCGUGAAUAACGGGAAUGCUGUAGGUGGGCUUGUAAGUGGUACCACCGCUGCAGAGGUGUACAAGGCUUCACAACAAAACAUAGCAGUUGAAGAGUGUGGCGUUGGAGUAUUCCCUUCCCAAGAUCCGAUCCAGCAAAUGAUGCCACCUUGGAUUUACAAUGAAAGCUUGGCUCCAGAUUUGUAUAAGAAAAUUUUAGAAACCACUAUGACUCCUACUGGAAUAGAUACUGCUAAACUCUAUCCCAUUUUGAUGUCAUCUGGACUUCCCAGGGAGACCCUUGGACAAAUAUGGGCCUUAACCAAUCGUACCACACCUGGAAAACUUACCAAAGAAGAGCUUUAUACUGUCCUGGCUAUGAUAGCAGUAACUCAGAGAGGAGUACCUGCAGUGAGUCCCGAUGUUUUAAACCAAUUUCCAGCUGCUCCUGUCCCUACUUUAAGUGGCUAUCCAAUUUCAUUGUCUGCCACAGUGAAUCAACAGCCUAUGAGGCCCUCUGGACCGCCAGUCUCCAUGCCUCUUAAUAUUGGACAGGCAGUCAUAGGAAUGAACAUAACUCCACCAGUGGGUGGAGCUGCAGCACAGGUUUCUAGUGGUUUCAUGCCAUCUUACCCCACAAACCAGGUAGUUAAACCAGAAGAUGACGACUUCCAGGAUUUUCAGGAUGCUUCAAAGUCUGGCUCACUCGACGAAUCUUUCUCCGAUUUCCAAGGGGAGGGACCUGGAUCCUCCAAAGCAACCAGUUCUCAGCACCGGAGCAGUGUUCCUUCUUUGCUGAUUCCACUCCCUGGCACUAAAACACCUUCCUCAACGGAUAAAUAUGCUGUGUUUAAAGGAAUUGCAGUUGAAAAGCCUUCUGAAAGUGCAGCUAUGUUUGGAGAUUAUGGAGACAAAUACAGUGCUUUCCGAGAGUUAGAACAACCAUCAGAGAGUAAAUACUUAGGAGAUAGCUUUGCAGAAUUCAAAUCUGCAGGAACCGAUGAUGGUUUCACAGAUUUUAAAACCGCUGACAGCAUCUCACCACUAGACCCACCUACAAAAGAGAAAACUUUCCCUGCAUCCUUCCCCUCUCUACCUGCACAGUUAAAGCAACAAACACAAGCAAAAACCUCUCUGAAUCUGGCAGACCUAGAUCUCUUUUCCUCCACUGGAGAGAACAAACAACUUUCAUUUCCAGCUGCAUUUAGUUCAUCAAAAUCAACCUCUUUCCCUGCACCACCACCUCCAACAUCUGCUGCUGCUCCUCCACCAGCACCCAGUAAAAGCUCGAGCUUGGCUGACGACUUUGGAGAAUUCAACCUUUUUGGGGGAUUGUCUAAUUGUCUGUCAGUCGGGGGACAAGAUGACUUUGCAGAUUUUAUGGCUUUCAAUAAUAGCAGUGGCUUUUCUGAACAAAAAAUGGAUGACAAAUACAAAGCUGUUAAGCAAGAGACCAAUCCUGUUCCUCCAGCUGGCUCCUCUCUCAGUGCAAUGAAAAGUGGGCAGAAUUCUGCCACCGCUGCUCCCACCAAAUAUGAUAUCUUUAAACAGCUUUCUCUGGAGAGCUCUGGAACAGGUGUUGAGGAACUGAAAGACAGCACCCCUUCAGCGAAAAGCGACGACGACUUUUCCGACUUCCACUCUAACAAGUUUUCUGCCAUGUGUGGUAACAUGGAUAAAUCCCUGGUAGACAAAGUGGCAGCUUUCAAGCAUGCCAAAGAAGACUCUGCUUCUGUCAAGUCUCUGGAUCUCCCCUCCAUCGGGGGCAGCAGUGUCGGCAAGGAGGAUUCUGAAGACGCGCUCUCUGUUCAGUUUGACAUGAAACUGGCCGAUGUGGGAGGAGAUCUUAAGCAUGUCAUGUCUGAUAGCUCUUUGGAUUUGCCAACAGUUAGUGGCCAACAUCCGCCAGCAGCAGAUAUAGAUGACUUAAAAUGUGCUCCCUUUGGAAACUAUAACAGUGGCUCCACAGUAAGCAGCCUUGCAAGCUAUGACUGGUCUGACACAGAAGACAUUCAUCAGAGCAGGAAGCUCUCUUCCUUUGUCCUUUCUUCAGGAAGUGGAGCCUCUUCUGCUACUUCAGUUCUUCAGAAGAAGGAGACUUUGUUUGGCAGUUCAGAAAACAUUACCAUGACAACAGUUUCCAAAGUGACAACCUUUUCUACUGAGGAUGUUCUACAGGAUGUUAAAUUUGCAGCCUUCGCGAACUUUAAAGAUCCUGGUCCCAGGUCCAGCUGUCAAAGUGAUGAUGAGAUUGAAGGCUUUGGAGAGUUCUCAAGACCUUUGUCAGAAGCGAAGGAGUCAGCAACAGUUGACGCAAGCCCAGAGGUUGACUUAGCUACCAAUGGUAUCUUAUCUGAAAUGGCAAAAGAAUGCAUGGAUGACUUCGGAGAAUUCCAAAGCGAAAAGCCAAAAAUCAGCAAAUUUGACUUCUUGGUGGCAACUUCGCAAGGCAAGAUGAAAUCUAGUGAAGAAAUGAUCAAGAGUGAGCUUGCUACCUUUGACCUCUCUGUACAAGGGUCUCACAAAAGGAGCUUGAGUCUGGGUGACAGAGAAAUAAGCCGUUCCUCUCCUUCACCAGCUUUGGAGCAACCGUUUAGAGAUCGCUCAAGUACUUUGAGUGAGAAGCCUGCUUUGCCUGUCAUCAGAGACAAAUAUAAAGAUCUAACUGGGGAGGUAGAGGAAAGCGAGAGGUAUGCAUAUGAGUGGCAGAGAUGUUUGGAAAGUGCCCUACAAGUCAUUAAGAAGGCAAAUGAUACCCUAAAUGGAAUCAGUAGUUCAUCUGUUUGCACUGAAGUAAUCCAGUCGGCACAAGGCAUGGAAUAUUUAUUAGGGGUUGUUGAGGUCUAUAGAGUAACAAAACGAGUUGAACUGGGUAUCAAGGCCACCGCAGUGUGUAGUGAGAAACUCCAACAGCUGCUAAAGGACAUCGAUAAAGUAUGGAACAACCUAAUAAGCUUCAUGUCACUUGCAGCUUUAACGCCAGAUGAAAACUCAUUGGAUUUCUCUUCUUGUAUGCUGCGUCCUGGAAUUAAAAAUGCCCAAGGUCUCGCUUGUGGGGUGUGCCUCUUGAAUGUGGAUUCUAGAAGUAAAAAAGAAGAGAAACCAGUGGAAGAGCAUCCUAGAAAAGCUUUUAAUUCAGAAACGGAUCAUUUCAAACUGGCUUAUGGAGGACACCAGUACCAUGCAAGCUGUGCAAACUUCUGGAUCAACUGUGUGGAGCCGAAACCUCCAGGCCUCAUUUUGCCAGACCUGCUUUGA